AUGUCUUUUGAGGAGCUGCUGCAGCUGCAGAACGAUAAGAGAAUGAGAGUGCUCAAGCGGGUGACCAGUGGGAGUAAAACUGUGAAACCUACCAAAGCUACAGUGAAGCAGCAACAAAGCAAAAAGGGGCCAUUGGAGAUGUCUGCCAAGAAGCGGGUACCUUUUCUGCGACGAGUUGUCUCUGUUACAAAGAAGGUCCAGCGAGACCCUCGCUUUGAUGACAUGUCUGGAGAGUAUAAGCCUGAAAUAUUUAUGAAGACGUACAGCUUUCUGGACGACAUCAAGAAGCAGGAGAAGGAGAUGGUUCAGAAGCAGCUGAAAAAAUGCCGGAACAUAGAGCAGAAGGAGAAACUGCAGCAGCUCCUGAACCGGAUGACACAGCAAGAGCAAGCACAGAAAAAACAGCAGAAAUUGAGGGAGAGGGAGCUGUCUUUGAAGAGACGACAGAGGGAAUUGGCCAAGCAGGGAAAGAAACCCUUCUUCCUAAAGAAAUCCGAGAAGCGGAAAUUGGAGCUAGCUGAGAAGUAUGCAGAGCUGAAGAGGAGUGGAAAGCUGGAGAGCUUCCUGGGCAAGAAGAGGAAGAGGAAUGCCAUCAAAGACAAGCGCCGCCUGCCCUCGCAGAAGAGCUCAUGA